AUGGAACAAUCACGUAAAAGUUGGUUUAUUGGAUUAUUUAUGAUCCUCAUUGUUAUAUUGUCAUGGGUUUCUUCAUCAUUUUUAUUAAAUCAAGUCUUCGAAAUAAAUUCUUAUAAGAAACCAUUUUUAAUCACAUAUUUAAAUGUUUCAUCAUUUGUUUUAUAUUUGAUACCUUCAUGGAAAGAUAUUUAUAAUUAUAAGAAAAUUGAAAAAGAAAAUCAAAUAAUUGAUGAUGAGAAGUUUUUAUUAAAUAGCAAUGAAGAAGAAGAAAUUAAUCAAUUAACACCUUUAGUUUCAAAACACAGUAAUAAUAUUAUUCCAUUAACUUUAAAUGAAACUAUUAAAUUAAGUGCAGUAUUUUGUUUACUUUGGUUCAUUGCAAAUUUCUCAUCAAAUGCUUCAUUAUCAUAUACUUCAGUUGCAUCACAAACAAUUUUAUCCUCAACUUCAUCAUUUUUCACUUUAUUUAUAGGUGCAAUCUUACAAGUUGAAUCAAUUAACUCUAAAAAAUUAUUAGGUCUUUUGAUUUCUUUUAUCGGUAUUAUUUGUGUUACUGAAUCAGAUUCAAUUGCUCAAGAAAUUACUUUCUCUAAAGUAGAAAUUGUUAUUGGUAACUCUUUAGCUUUGAUUGGUGCUUUGGUUUAUGGUAUCUACAGUACUUUUUUGAAAAAAUCUAUUGUAGAUGAAUCAAAGAUUAAUAUUAAAUUAUUCUUCGGAUUCGUUGGUUUAUUUACUUUAAUUGGAUUAUGGCCAAUUAUCUUAAUUUUACAUUAUACUGGUAUCGAAACAAUCGAAUUACCACCUUCAUCUACUGUAAUUUAUUUAUUACUAAUUAAUGCUACAAUUACUUUUGUUAGUGAUUAUUGUUGGGCUAAAGCUAUCCUAUUAACAAGUCCAUUGACUGUCACAGUGGGGUUAAGUUUAACUAUCCCUUUUGCUAUGAUUGGUGAUGUUCUUUUCAAAAAUAAGAUUAUUUCUAUUGGUUAUAUUGUUGGUGCCAUUUUGGUUCUUGUCUCUUUUGCUUUAAUUAAUGGUGAAGAAGACAUUGAUAAUAAAAAUAAUAAUAAAAUGGAAUCAAAUAAACAAUUAUCUAUUAAUAUUCGAGACAUUGAAAAUCAAACGCUCGAAACUCUUUAUUGUUCAUUAUAA